GCCUGAUGUGAUGCUUCACCCCGCAUCGGCUCCUCGGCAGUGCGGUGGCGCGCCGGUAGUUAAAGCCUGACACGUCGGUGCGUGUGCUCCUCCACCGAUACACAACAAACUUUAUUUAAAAGCAGAGAGGGGGAGAACAAGGGAAAGUGUUCCCACGCACACACACGCGCGCACGGUUUGUAUCCAACUCGCGCGGCCGAGCGUCGUGAUUUACCGUAAAUUUCGUGACGCCUGAUUGCCAUGGAAACAGUGCUCCCUGCGCUGAAGUGUCCGUGUUAAGUUCAGCAUCAACCUCUCAGCGGGGGUCGGAUAAAAAACCUGUUGGCCACAGCUCGCUGCUUAUUUCAUCUCCUGCCUUUACUUUCCACUUUCGUCUGGACACACAGCAGGGAAAGGAUCCAGGAGAACCAGUGUGUGAUGCUUCGUUCAGUGGCUGUAUGACUCAUAUAGUCUUAUCUAUAAAGAAGCCAAGAGGCUGAGGAGCAGUCCUGCUGCAGGACCGAGCUGAUGUAUCCCGGGAGAUUCACUAGAGGCUGCUGUGGGCCACACUUCCACAUGUGCCCCGAGUCACAUAGACCACAGAAUCUACAGCCACUGAACUGAACCACCUCCUCACUGGUGGGGAUGACCGUCAAAAUAAACUGAGGAACACACGAGGCUGUCCACGCACUGUGCACGCAGCAGAUGAUCCGGUGCUGUUUAAAGAUGCAUCACAUGGCCAGGUAAGGAGGAUGGCGCUUCAAAUAGAGAAGAGGUUCCACAACUUGACCCUCGAGCAAGUCCAAGCACUGGACAAGGUCUUGACCGAGGUCAUCCCCAUACACGGACGAGGAAAUUUCCCCACCCUGCAGGUGAGAGCAAAAGACAUCAUCCGCGUGGUGAAGGAUCGGCUGGUCGAGAGAGACAUCCAGGUGAAAGACAUACGGCUCAAUGGUGCGACCGCCAGCCAUGUCCUGGUGAAGAAUAACGGCCUGGGCUACAGGGACCUAGACAUAAUUUUCGGAGUGGAGCUGCCCAGGCAGGAGGACUUCCAGGUAAUUAAGGAUGUGGUGCUGGGCAGCCUGCGAGACCUCCUCCCCUGUGGAGUUAACAGACGGAAAAUCACUUGCCUGACAAUGAAGGAAGCCUAUGUGCAAAAAAUGGUGAAGGUUUUCAAUGAGCAUGACAGAUGGAGCCUCAUCUCAUUGUCGAACAACAGAGCUAAAACUGUGGGGCUCAGGUUUGUUAGUUCCCUGAGAAGACAGUUUGAGUUUAGCGUGGACUCGUUCCAGAUAAUAUUAGAUCGCAUGCUUGAGUCCUACUGGGAGACUGAGAGGAGGCAAGGAGGGAAGUUACCAAUGAAACCUGGGAAUUUGGCUAAAACAGACAAUGAGGAGGAAAAGAAAAAGCAGGAGCAAGCAGGCGUUCUUCCAGAUGUUGGAGGGGAUAUUGACAGAGACUCAGUGAUGGCAACCGGUGAGGAAAGUCAGUGUCUGGAAGAAGUAGUUUCUGUGCAUGAGAGAGAGCUUCCACAGGCAGAUGUGAAGCGGGAUGAUGGGAAGCAUGAGGCCCAGCAGGUGUCAGAAGCAGAGAGCAUUAACUUACAGAAGGAGGAAGAGGAAGUAGACGGCAUUGAGGAUGUUGAUUCAGAGGAGGACAUUGUUUUUGAGCUGUGUGAGGAAACUGGAGAAGAGAAAGAACAGUUUCACAGUGAUUUUCCUUUAGCUUCAACGCCUAAAACUUUAUUUACAGACGUCAGGGAUCCACAGAUGACACAAACAUGUUUAAAGCUCCAGGACAAUGAAGAGCUAUGUGAGUCGCAAGCUUCCCAGCCAGUGUCUAUUACACAUAUAGCAAAGUCAACUCCACAAGAAGUUGUCCAUUGUGAAGAAAAUGCUCAGUUCAAAGUAGACUCUGUAAUCUGCAAGACUGAAAAGACCUCAGACCCACAAGACUCACAGCUUGAGUUCUCCUUCCCUCCUCCAGCUAAGAAAACCUGCAGCACAUCACAGGAAGUGGUACCAGACUUUUGCCCCUCACCGAAAUUACAAAGAAAAAUGUCCCGGAAGAUGAUCAGUAAACCCGAGAAAUGGUCUCUGCUCACAGAUUUGUCAGAUCUUACAACACAGCUGUUUCCACCCAUAGAAAUCCCCAAACCACUUCAGCCGAAGCCUUCACCACUGGACACCGCUCAAGUUCAUCGCUCAAACGAACCGGGCGCCCAGUUGGAGAACUUUGAGGGUAAAGAUGCUCUCACAGUUCCCUCAUGCAGUCCAGCUAGUAUGCCUCAGGGUGCCACCGGCUCAAAUGAAACCACAGAACAAACUGUUAAACCAAAACACUCAAAGAAGCCUCCUGAUUCAGAGACUCAAAGCCACAAGUGUGCAGCGAACAUCGGCACGCAGCCUCAGGUUGUCGAGCAGAAACCUGAGCUGACGGACACGGUCCUGAACAGGUGUGGUUCAAACUCAUGGGCCGGGGCAGCGGGGGAGCCCACCAUCACCAUCGAAGCUGAGUGCAUGUACGGAGACUUUGAGCAGGCGAUGGACCACCUUCGCCACCGACUUAUCGCCACCCACAACCCAGAGGAGAUCCGAGGAGGGGGCCUGCUGAAGUACAGCGACCUGCUGGUGAGGAACUUCAGGCCGGCCAGCGAGACGGAGAUCAAGUCGUUGGAGCGGUACAUGUGCUCCCGCUUCUUCAUCGACUUUCCUGAUGUGAGCGAGCAGCAGCGCAAGAUCGAGGCCUACCUGCAGUGCCAUUUCAUCGGCAGCGAGGAGACGAGCAAGUAUGACUACCUGAUGACGCUGCGACGCGUGAUAGACGAGAGCACGGUGUGUCUGAUGGGACACGAGAGGAGGCAGACACUCAAUAUGAUCACUGUGCUGGCCCUGAGGGUGCUGGGUGAGCAGAACGCCAUCCCCAACACGGCCAACGUCACCUGCUUCUAUCAGCCGGCCCCGUACAUGACAGAGCCCAUUUACAACAGUUACUUCAUCACCCAGGCCCAGCCGCCGCUCGUCUACCACCCCUACCCUCUCCACGUGCACAUGCAGACUGGCCUGGUGUAACUACAGUGGCGUGCCCACAGGGAGGCAUGUUAGUUUUCAGCAUGGUGUUCUGCACACAGAGGCACACGUGGAAGUUUUAGCAGCAACAAGCAACCACGGGCGUAGUGUUGUUUCAUACUUUGAAAUCCCUCCUGCUUAUGACAUGAAAGAUCCUGGUGGGUCCGAACUGAACAGGCUCUGGAGGCAACGCAUGUCACCCUUUGAAGACGAAGGCUUUUGAAAAGGAAAGAAAUGCAAAGAGUCAAAUUUUUCCUUGAGCUUGUAGAAAGGAUUUCAUUGAAGUGGAGGGACUUUGUUUGAGGCUGUUUCAGCUCAGUUCUGGUCGGGCUCUGCACUGGUCACCCUGCCCUGAUGAAGAGAACGUUGCCAUGUGAUCAUUCUUCACAGCAACAAGAUAAACAUAAUAUAAAACAUAAUCUCUGAUUCAUCUGGUGGCAACAAAAACCUUAGUUUGAAUAAUGAUAAAUUGUUUCCAGGGGGUUCAACCCUCAUGUAGCUGUUUUGUGAACCAUCAUCCUCUGUAUAGUAAAAAUCCGCAUGUGUGUAUUCAUUGUAUAGAAAUAGGUCAGCAGACAUACAUGAGCAAAACUUGCUGUGGUAUUUCCGUGAUGUCAUAAGUUCUGUAUUGGUGAAUGUAUAUAAUUUAUUUCUAAGGCAGAAACAACAGAACCCUGAUUCAGUAAUAGUAUGGACAAUAGAAAAUUUGAGGAUUCUGAAGCAGGGUGAACCUUGUAUCAAUCUAUUUGAAAAAUAACUGUAAACUUAAUACUGUAAGUAUUUCUCUAAACAUUGAAUAUUCAUGACAAAAUAAAAUCUGCUUUAUUUAUUAUUUAUAAUUUGUUUUACUGGAAAAAACUCUUGACAGAUUGAAUCCUGAUUGGUUUACAUAAAUAUGUGACAUCACAUUCUCCACACCAUACUGCCCACUUCAGACCAGUGAGAAAACAAAUCUCUCAUGUGGAAAAUGAUUCAAACUGUGGGACACAAAAACCUCUGUUUACGCAAGAAUCAACACUCAUAACAAAAAUCAGAUUGAGAAAAGGAGUUUUCUCUAAAUGUUAAAAAAGUAUUUAAAAGAUGAUAUGUAACUUUAAUCUAUAAAAGUUGAAAAAAUAAAUGUAGUAACCCCCCUAACCUGUAGUUCUCUAAA